AUCAUCUGCAGAUUUGCAGAUGUUGUCUGUGCUUUCGCUCAUGGGAAUCCAAUCCCAUUUUUGGCUUCCGCAGCUUAGGGUUUAAGAUGUUUUGUCUCUCCCAUCAAGUAUUUUCUUUUACUAUCCAGCACAGCAUUAAGCUAUUAGAGCGCCAAAACUCUUGCACAGUGCUGAGCAAUUCUUGAACUCCAGUUUUUGGCGGGAAACUUGCAAGGAAGUGAGAGAAACAGAGAAAAUCAGGCGAUGGGGAAAGACGAGGAGGAGAUGAGGGGAGAGAUAGAGGAGAGACUGAUAAAUGAGGAGUACAAAAUCUGGAAGAAGAAUACGCCUUUUUUGUACGAUUUGGUGAUAACCCAUGCCCUAGAAUGGCCUUCCCUUACUGUGGAGUGGCUUCCUGAUCGAGAUGAACCUCCGGGGAGGGAUUACUCGGUCCAGAAGAUGAUUCUGGGCACACAUACUUCGGAGAACGAACCCAAUUACUUAAUGCUUGCCCAAGUGCAGCUUCCUUUGGAGGAUGCCGAGAAUGAUGCGCGCCAUUAUGAUGACGAUCGCGCUGACGUAGGCGGAUUCGGGUGUGCUAAUGGCAAAGUACAAAUAAUCCAGCAAAUAAAUCAUGACGGAGAGGUUAACAGGGCUCGUUAUAUGCCUCAAAACCCCUUUAUCAUUGCCACCAAGACAGUUAGUGCUGAGGUUUAUGUAUUUGACUAUAGCAAGCAUCUAUCUAAGCCCCCUUUGGAUGGUGCCUGUAAUCCUGAUUUAAGGCUAAGAGGUCACAAUACUGAAGGAUAUGGUUUAUCAUGGAGUAAAUUCAAGCAGGGUCACUUGCUUAGUGGUUCUGAUGAUGCUCAGAUAUGCUUGUGGGAUAUUAAUGCGACUCCUAAAAAUAAAACCCUGGAGGCUAUGCAGAUUUUUAAGGUUCAUGAAGGUGUUGUGGAGGAUGUCGCAUGGCAUUUGAGGCAUGAAUACUUAUUUGGUUCUGUUGGUGAUGAUCAAUACUUGCUUAUAUGGGAUCUUAGGACUCCAUCAAUCAGCAAGCCUGUCCAAUCUGUAGUUGCUCAUCAAAGUGAGGUCAACUGCUUGGCUUUUAAUCCAUUCAACCAAUGGGUUGUUGCUACUGGUUCUACUGAUAAAACUGUGAAGUUGUUUGAUCUACGCAAGAUUAAUACUGCUCUUCACACCUUUGAUUGUCACAAGGAGGAGGUUUUCCAGGUGGGCUGGAAUCCAAAGAAUGAAACUAUCUUAGCUUCUUGUUGUCUUGGCAGGAGACUCAUGGUGUGGGAUCUUAGCAGGAUUGACGAAGAGCAGACACCAGAAGAUGCUGAGGAUGGUCCACCAGAAUUGCUUUUUAUUCAUGGUGGGCAUACAAGUAAAAUAUCUGACUUCUCAUGGAACCCAUGUGAGGAUUGGGUUAUUGCCAGUGUUGCCGAAGACAAUAUACUUCAAAUAUGGCAAAUGGCAGAGAACAUAUAUCAUGAUGAAGAUGAUCUGCCUGAAGAAUCAACGAAGGCUCCUUAGUAUUAUUUCCAUUGUUCUCUAACAUAUUAAAAGCUUGGGUGAUAGUAUUCUGCACUUCUCUCCAAUUCACCUAGGCAGCUGAAGUUGGUCUCUUGUGGUGUGAUUCCGGUUUCCAAAUUUGUCUAUGCUGGAAAUACGUAAUAACUGGUUAAAUAUUAGUUUUUAGUGCAGACGUGUAAAAUGCCAUCCAAAAGCUCUGUUGAACAUUUUGCGAUGUGAAUGUAAUUAAUACAAGGCUUAGAUCUUCCGAAAGUUAUGAAAUUUGCAGUAAAUCUC